CACAAAAAUGCCACAGCAGUACUGGAGUACGAACGAAUGGCAGAAUUUGACUUCGAAAAGAGGGAUUUCAGAAAGGCAUGUUACCACACACACACACACACACACACACACACACACACACACACACACACACAGGCAGUCAACCCAGUUGUGAGAUGGUAGCUGUUGUCUUCUCUGCUGCAGGUGGUGUACUGUAUGGACAAGGCCCUGGGAUUGGCGUCCACCUGCCAUCGCUUCAAAAUCCUCAAGGCUGAGUGUUUGGCCCUACUGGGCCGCUACCCGGAAGCCCAGUCUGUGGCCAGGUACAAACCAAUCAGGCACUAAUGUGGGGCAGGAAGGAGUGGAAGUUAGGAGGAUUAUCCAACCAAGCUCUUCACCAGGACAUUUGUUUCAUAUUUUAAAGACAGGUUUUACAAAUGUGGUGCUAUACACUGCAGUGAAUUCGGAAAGUAUUCAGACCCCUUGACUUUUUCCACAUUUUGUUACGUUACAGCCUUAUUCUACAAGUGAUUUAAAUUAAUGUUUUUCCUCAUCAAUCUACACACAGUACCCCAUAAUGACAGAAAACCGCAAAAAAAAAAGUGUUUGCACAUUUAGAACAAAUUAAAAACUGUAAUAACUUAUUUACGUAAGUAUUCAGACCCUUUGCUCUGAGAUUUGAAAUUGAGCUCAGUCGCAUCCUGUUUCCAUUGAUCAUCCUUGAGAUAUUUCUACAACUUGAUUGGAGUCCACCUGUGGUCAAUUCAAUUGAUUGGACCUGAUUUGGAAAGGAACACACCUGUCUAUAUAAGGUCCCACACUUGACAGUGCAUGUCAGAGAAAAGAACCAAGCCAUGAGGUCGAAAGAAUUGUCCGUAGAGCUCCGGGACAGGGUUGUGUCGAGUCACAGAUCUGGGGAAGGGUACCAAAACAUUUCUGCAGCAUUGAAGGUCCCCAAGAACACAGCCAAGACAACACAGGAGUGGCUUUGGGACAAGUCUCUGAAUGUCCUUGAGUGGCCCAGCCAGAGCCUGGACUUGAACCCGAUCAAUCAUCUCUUGAGAGAUCUGAAAAUAGCUGUGCAGCAACGCUCCCCAUCCAACCUGACAGAGCUUGAGAGGAUCUGCAGAGAAGAAUGGGAGAAAUUCCCCAAAACAGGUGUGCCAAGCUUGUAGCGCUGCCAAAGGUGCUUCAACAAAGUACAGAGUAAAGGGUUUGAAUACUUAUGUAAAUGUGAUAUUUCAUUUUUUUAUUUUUAAUAUAUUUGCAAAGAGAAAUCUAAAUACCAGUUUUUGCUUUUUCAUCAUUUGGUAUUGAGUGUAGAUUGUUGUUUUUUUCCCCCUCAUCAAUGUAGUCAAUUUUAGAAUAAGGCUUUAACGAAACAAAAUGUGGGUAAAGUCAAGGGGUCAGAAUACUUUCCAAAUACAGUGCAUGCAUAUAUAUACGUACACUUUUGGUCAUGUAGUGCAUUUGUUUUCUUAAGCUGUAAUGGGAUGUUUGUAAUUUUUUAUGGGUUAUCAACUUUUUUAACUGUGGAAUUUCACUUUAGACACUUUUUUUUUUUUUUUAUGGGUGACUAACAUGAGUAAAAAAAAAUAUUACAAAAUCCCCAGAAAAAUUGCCUUCAUGACGAGGCUUCUUUUGACCUCGUUUUCAUGUUUGCGCCAAUUUGGGGAAUAUCAAAGUCAGGUUCUUUGUCUUAUGAAUCUUGUAUUUUCUCUCCCAGCGAUAUAUUGCGAAUGGACUCGACCAACGGAGACGCUCUAUAUGUGCGCGGCCUGUGUCUGUACUACGAGGACUGCAUCGACAAAGCUGUGCAGUUCUUCGUCCAAGCGCUGCGCAUGGCCCCAGACCACGGGAAGGCUCGGCUAGCUUGCAGAGUGAGUCACUCAACUUGCGCCUGUACUUAUUUUACCCUUUUUUUUUCUUUCUAUCGCGCAUUGGGGCGCAUGUUGUGGGACGUUUUAAAGUAAUCCCGGGCUGCUAAUUAUUGUUUUGAUAACAGCCUUGUUCAGUCCUGUUACAUACAUUAGCUAGCUAACAACCUGGUAACUUGCCCAGCAGACCUAGGCUAUAGGCACAUAUUUGGAUGGUACAGGAAGAAAGCUAAAAGGAUAGCUACUGAAAGAGAUGUGCUUCAAAGAUAUGAUUCAUAUAGGCCUAAUGUAAGCAUAAGCUAUAUAUAUCUUCAUAAAAAAUUAGGACGCUAUGCCACUCUGAUGACCCCCCCCCCGCUUGGUAUCAUUAUACUAUUUACUAUUUGGCCUGGUAUUGUAUUGUGAGUAAAAUGUUGGUAUCGUGACAACACUGCUUGAUCAGUACUGUAGCCCGCGAAUUGAGUUAUACUGCACCUGACAUACUGAUUCAAUGUGGUUGAUAUCUAUCUAAAAUCAGAAUGCCAAAGCUUUGAAAGCCAAGAAGGAGGAGGGCAACAAAGUGUUCAAGGACCGCAACUUUGAGGCAGCCUACCGGCUCUACUCGGAGGCCCUGGCGAUAGACCCCAACAACAUCAAAACCAACGCCAAGCUCUACUGCAACAGGGGCACCGUCGGGGCUAAGGUGAGAACCUCAACUGGAAUGCUCUAGAACAAGGUAGCGUGAAAACGUUGCAGAAUUAAGUGUUUCAUAUUGGGCAAGUUCAGGUAGUACCUCAUCUCAAAACGUGUUCUCCCAAUUUAUGGAAUCCUAGACAGGACUGGUGAAGUACUUUUGUAAAAAUCCUGAAUGUACAUAAUUGCCAGACGUUAAAUAAUACCAUAAAUGAAAGGGAAUCCCAGAUGUCACAUGGGGUCAAAAUCUGAAGCACUACCAAAUUUGGUGAUGAGGUUAAGUGCAGUUCUAAGGUAGAGGGAGGAGACGCAGCAAGAUGAAACUGGGCCCAGAAUCUGCACAUUUUCUCAGAGAAACAUCAGAUAUCAAUUCAGUUUUCUGUUCCCAAAACUAGAAUCUGUUACAAACUGUUGUAGGGACCAGAAGUUGGAGCAUCCUUAAGGGCAGGAGGCAGCAUGAUCCAGUGCAAAAUAGUGUCCAGUUUAUUCACACUGAAAAGGUGGUUCCAGUUGAAGAAAUAAUAUGGCAUACAAAAUGUGGAAAAGGUAAUGGGGUCUGAAUACUUACUGUGUGUGUGUAUAUAUACAGUACCUUUGGAAAGUAUCCAGACCUCUUGACUUUUACCACAUUUUGUUACGUUACAGCCGUAUUCUAAAAUGGAUUUAAAAAAUAAAUAAUCCUCAGCAAUCUACACACAAUACCCCAUAAUGACAAAGCUCACACAUCUCACAUAGCAGAGCUAGCACAUACCCAUUACACCUGUGUGCUGUAGUUAUCUUUAUACCCAUGGCCCCUCCCUAUGGACCAUACCAUUUCCAUGGAGCUCUAUACCCAAAUUUGACAUUAAAUGUAAGAGGUAGGGAUGUGCAUCUUUCCCUUUCAAGACGAUUCGAUACGUGGGCUUUGAUAUAAUACAGGAAUGAUAUGUUUCACGUUUUAGAAUCAUUGCGAUUUGGUGUGAUUUAGAAAACGAAACGAUGCGAUGCCAUACGAUUCGUUGCACUAACAUUUGUUGCUUAAACAUAUUCAUUUUCCAUUCUAAAUUAAAAUCUGCUGCUGAUGGAGCUCAUGACCUGGGCCUUUCUAAGCUGGAUCUGUCUGAGCUGACUUCUGUCGUGUGUGUGUCUGGCGAUUUUAGCAUGUACAUUUUGGUGGGGCAAACUCAAACAAUUUUUUUAGAUGCUUGCCAGCAAAGCCACUACACAACACACAACUUAACAAUACAUGAAUUGCACUAUAACGGUGACAAACGGUGCCCUCAAACUGUUAGGGCCUACAUAAAGCUGUCCCAACAGCAGAGCUUUCUUUUCAGCACCAUGGCGUGAAUUCUAACCACUGCUACACCUGGCUAUCAGGGAGCCUUGUCUGGCAGCGAAACAGUUAAUUCAGCAUCAUUUACUGCCUUUUUAAAAAACAUAGCUGAUAUGGCUGACCUGCUUUAAACAAAUGUGUUUUCUACGGACAAUUGAGAUGUACAAACUAUGGCCUAACGGGACGACGAGAGGAUGAGUCAAUCCGUAAUUUUGAUUAAGACGGUAAUGAGCGAGCUAGGACGAACGUAGUCAAUAUAACUAUUUGUUCAGCACUUUUGAAAUGUACAGCAAAAUAAUUCAGAACUUGGCCCAUCCUUACAGUAUUCUCCCAUGUACACCAAGUCAGAACCGUAGGAUAAAUAAAGGGGGGCAUUUAAGCAGGCAAUGUAGCCUGUUGUUUUUUGUCCCCCCACUUUGGUUCUGGAAACACCAUCACCCACACAUUUCUGCAGAUUGUGUUUGAGCUAGUAAUGUAUCAAUAUUUAUCGUUUACAAAUUAUACUGAACAAAAAUAUAAGUGCAACAUGUAAAGUGUUGGUCCCAUGUUUCCUGAGCUGCAAUAAAAGAUUCAAGACAUUUUCCAGACGCACAAAAAGCUUAUUUCUCUCAAAUGUGCACAAAUUUGUCGGCAUCCCUGUUAGUGAGCAUGUAUCCUUUGCCAAGAUAAUCCAUCCACCUGACUGGUGUGGUAUAUCAAGAAGCUGAUUAAACAGCAUGAUCAUUACACAGGUGCACCUUGUACUGGGUACAAUAAAAGGCCACUCUAAAAUGUACAGUUUUGUCACACAACAAAAUGCCAUAGAUGUCAAGUUUUGAGGGACCGUGCAAUUGGCAUGCUGACUGCAGGAAUGUCCUCCGGAGCUGUUGCCAGAGAAUUGAAUGUUCAUUUCUCUACCAUAAGCCUCCUCCAACAUCAUUUUAGAGAAUUUGGCAGUACGUCCAACCGGCCUCACAACCGCAGACCACCUGGAACCACGCCAGCCCAGGACUCAGUUAUGGACUAUCAUAAACUUUAUUUACAUUUACAUUUUAGUCAUUUAGCAGACGCUCUUAUCCAGAGCGACUUAGUUAGUGAGUGCAUACAUUUUCCAUUAUCUGAUCAACAUCUAGCCUGCAGCAUCGCUUGUUUCGUAGUCUGCUGAGCAUCUUCAAGGAUGCAAUCCACGUGAAUUGUGUAGAUCUGUAAAAAAAAAAGAACGUGUGUGUGGGGGGGUCUGACAAAGUGGACAGACGCAGUGUAUCACCCAUUGAGAGAUGAGUGCUUCAUCCAAUUUCACGUGUGGUAGUUGCCGCCACUCCAAAUAAAUAUGAUGGUAAAAUGAUUUGUCUUACAUGUUUUUAAAGAAGUUGUUCUUUGAGAACCAACAAUCACCAAAAUAAAAACUAGACAGUCGGGAGAUUCUAAAAUUCCAAAAUAUGUCAUGGCAUGGGGCCCCCAUUGAUUUAGUUAUGAGUCACUCGGAUAGCAUAAGAACACGGCAUAAGCCAUGGCAAAAUGUGUAGAAUUGCAUGAAAAUUAACUUUAAAAUCACAACCUUUUGUCUCUGCGGUCAAGAGGGCCUCUAAAAUAUCGUGAUACUUGGCCUGGUAUCACAUCGUUAGUAAAAUGUUAGUACAUUUUCUUGCAAUUUACACUUAUUUUUUUCACGUGUUUCCUGGCAAAAAGAAAAAAACAAAAACGUUUUUGCCCUCACCAGUUUGCAUCCCUGAUCAUGAUCUACUUUUACAUAAUGAUGUUCAGUGGCUAAGCAAAGGUGGUGAUGCUCUCGAGAGCAGCCUAUGUGAGCUUAGGGAGGAGAAAGUUGCUUUUCUCUGCGAUUUGCCGUUACAAGAAAGCGAAACUGCUUAAUGAUUAGUUCGUAUCAGAUGUUUGUUUUUUACUAACAUCCUCAAGGAAUUGAAUGGACUUAAUUUGGGACUGCAUGGGAGGGAUAAAACAGUUAUUGACAUAAUUGAAAAAACUGACUUCUUUUCAAAAUACCGUUAUUUUCUCCAAACAAAACGCUCCAUUUUCCUACACUGCGCAACUAUAUUCAGUCAUCAGUACAGAUCACUCCCGUGAUGUCAGGCUUUUAAGAUAAACUGAAAGCUAACUUUGCAACGAGAUUUGAUGAGUUUAAGUCCCCACAGAGGUGGUGCAGUUUGUUAUAGAGACCUGUUCUCUACUUAUGCGGGGGAGAGAGACUUCUCCACAAAAACGAGUCAACUGAGAUAUGCCAUGCAUAAAAUGUUUGUUUCCUAUGUGUAAAAAAAAAUGAACAAAAGAAGACAGAAAAUAAAGAAAUAGAACAGAAUGUGAUGCUGGUCAUCUGAGAUAUGCCAUGCAUAAAAGGUUUCCUAUGUGUAAAUAAAAACAAAAGAUGAAGCUAUGUAUGUAAAAUGGACAGGAAAGUAGAAAUGUAUUAAUGUGAUGCAGGUCAACUGUGUUCCAUUAUUUAAACAAUUUGAUGCACUGAAUUAGGCUAAUCUUAAAGCACUAAAAAUGAACUUUUAGCAACAUUUAAUUUUAAUAAAAGUUAUUUAUAAGAUAAUUAUGUUUGUGCAUUUGUUUUUUAUACCGGUCUCAGGAAGAGUAAUCCCAUGUAGAAAAUGUCUGGCCCCCAUCUAAAUUAUAUUUUUUAAAUAUCUGGAUCCAGUAAGAAUAUAGUUGAAAUAGCCCUGAUAUACACUGAUUUGUUUAAAGCAAAGCUACCAAAAAUAUUGCUGAUGGUGAACCUGAACAAUCAAAAUAGAAUAUAUUGUAAGCCCAAUUCUGUAGGUAUAGCCAGAUGAGUUGUCUCCAGUAGCUUACUUUUAUUAAGAUAAAACACCCUUUUAAACAGAGCAUAGAUGAUAAUAACCUAGCAAAUUAUAUAAACUCAGCAAAAAAAGGCAGGGGCCCCUUUUUCAGGACCCUGUCUUUCAAAGAUAAUUUGUAAAAAUCCAAAUAACUUCACAGAUCUUCAUUGUAAAGGGUUUAAACACUGUUUCCCAUGCUUGUUCAAUGAACCAUAAACAAUUAAUGAACAUGCACCUUUGGAACGGUCGUUAAGACACUAACAGCUUACAGACGGUAGGCAAUUAAGGUCACAGUUAUGAAAACAUAGGACACUAAAGAGGCCUUUCUACUGACUCUGAAAAACACCAAAAGAAAGAUGCCCUGGUUCCCUGCUCAUCUGCGUGAACGUGCCUUAAGCAUGCUGCAAGGAGGCAUGAGGACUGCAGAUGUGGCCAGGGCAAUAAAUUGCAAUGUCCGUACUGUGAGACGCCUAAGACAGCGCUACAGGGAGACAGGACGGACAGCUGAUUGUCCUCGCAGUGGCAGACCACGUGUAACAACACCUGCACAGGAUCGGUACAUCUGAAUAUCACACCUGCGGGACAGGUACAGGAUGGCAACAACUGCCCGAGUUACACCAGGAUCCCUCCAUCAGUGUUCAGACUGUCCGCAAUAGGCUGAGAGAGGCUGGACUGCAGGCUUGUAGGCCUGGUGUAAGGCAGGUCCUCACCAGACAUCACUGGCAACAACGUCGCCUAUGGGCACAAACCCACCGUCGCUGGACCAGACAGGACUGGCAAAAAGUGCUCUUCACUGACGUGUCACGGUUUUGUCUCACCAGGGGUGAUGGUCGGAUUCGCGUAUAUCGUCGAAGGAAUGAGUGUUACACCGAGGCCUGUACUCUGCCGCAGGAUCGAUUUGGAGGUGGAGGGUCCGUCAUGGUCUGGGGCGGUGUGUCACAGCAUCAUUGGACUGAGCUUGUCAUUGCAGGCAAUCUCAACGCUGUGAGUUACAGGGAAGACAUCCUCCUCCCUCAUGUGGUACUCUUCCUGCAGGCUCAUCCUGACAUGACCCUCCAGCAUGACAAUGCCACCAGCCAUACUGCUCGUUCUUUGCGUGAUUUCCUGCAAGACAGGAAUGUCAGUGUUCUGACAUGGCCAGCGAAGAGCCCGGAUCUCAAUCCCAUUGAGCACGUCUGGGACCUGUUGGAUCGGCGGGUGAGGGCUAGGGCCAUUGCCUCCCCAGAAAUGUCCGGGAACUUGCAGGUGCCUUGGUGGAAGAGUGGGGUAACAUCUCACAGCAAGAACUGGCAAAUCUGGUGCAGUCCAUGAGGAGGAGAUGCACUGCAGUACUUAAUGCAGCUGGUGGUCACACCAGAUACUGACUUAUUUUUUGUUUUGACCCCCCCCCCCCCCUUUGUUCAGGGACACAUUAUUCAAUUUCUGUUAGUCAUAUGUCUGUGGAACUUGUUCGGUUUGUCUCAGUUGUUGAAUCUUGUUAUGUUCAUACAAAUAUUUACACAUGUUAGGUUUGCUGAAAAUAAACGCAGUUGACAGUAAGAGGACGUUUCUUUUUUUGCUGAGUUUAGGUUGUCACUCGACUAAUAAAGCCUAAUAUAAUGCAAGCCAUUUUAACAUUUGAAUGCUGAAGGUGCAGAUGUGCAAGAUCAGGAACAUGCCGCCUACCUCGCGUUGGUCAAAUCUAAUCAAAUUGUAUUUGUCACAUGCGCCGAAUACAACAGGUGUAGACCUUACAGUGAAAUGCUUACUUACAAGCCCUUAACCAACAAUGCAGAAAAAAUAAGUUAAGUAAACAAUAGAUAAGCAAAAAAUAAAAGCAGUAAAAUAACAGUAGCGAGGCUAUAUACAGGGGGUACCGGUACAGAGUCAAUGUGCUGGGGCACCGGUUAGUCAAGGUAAUUGAGGUAGUAUGUACAGUGAGGGAAAAAAGUAUUUGAUCCCCUGCUGAUUUUGUACGUUUACCCACUGACAAAGACAUGAUCAGUCUAUAAUUUUAAUGGUAGGUUUAUUUGAACAGUGAGAGACAGAAUAACAACAAAAACAUCCAGAAAAACGCAUGUCAAAAAUGUUAUAAAUUGAUUAGCAUUUUAAUGAGGGAAAUAAGUAUUUGACCCCUCUGCAAAACAUGACUUAGUACUUGGUGGCAAAACCCUUGUUGGUAAUCACAGAGGUCAGACGUUUGUUGUAGUUGCCACUCCUCUUUGCAGAUCUUCUCCAAGUCAUUAAGGUUUCAAGGCUGACGUUUGGCAACUCGAACCUUCAGCUCCCUCCACAGAUUUUCUAUGGGAUUAAGGUCUGGAGUCUGGCUAGGCCACUCCAGGACCUUAAUGUGCUUCUUCUUGAGCCACUCCUUUGUUGCCUUGGCCGUGUGUUUUGGGUCAUUGUCAUGCUGGAAUACCCAUCCACGACCCAUUUUCAAUGCCCUGGCUGAGGGAAGGAGGUUCUCACCCAAGAUUUGACGGUACAUGGCCUCGUCCAUCAUCCCUUUGAUGCGGUGAAGGUGUCCUGUCCCCUUAGCAGAAAAACACCCCAAAGCAUAAUGUUUCCACCUCCAUAUUUGACGGUGGGGAUGGUGUUCAUGGGGUCAUAGGCAGCAUUCCUCCUCCUCCAAACAUGGCGAGUUGAGUUGAUGCCAAAGAGCUCGAUUUUGGUCUCAUCUGACCACAACACUUUCACCCAGUUGUCCUCUGAAUCAUUCAGAUGUUCAUUGGCAAACUUCAGACGGGCCUGUAUAUGUGCUUUCUUGAGCAGGUGGACCUUGCAGGCGCUGCAGGAUUUCAGUCCUUCACGGCGUAGUGUGUUACCAAUUGUUUUCUUGGUGACUAUGGUCCCAGCUGCCAUGAGAUCAUUGACAAGAUCCUCCUGUGUAGUUCUGGGCUGAUUCCUCACCGUUCUCAUUAUCAUUGCAACUCCACGAGGUGAGAUCUUGCAUGGAGCCCCAGGCCGAGGGAGAUUGACAGUUAUUUUGUGUUUCUUCCAUUUGCGAAUAAUCGCACCAACUGUUUUCACCUUCUCACCAAGCUGCUUGGCGAUGGUCUUUUAGCCCAUUCCAGCCUUGUGUAGGUCUACAAUCUUGUCCCUGACAACCUUGGAGCGCUCUUUGGUCUUGGCCAUGGUGGAGAGUUUGGAAUCUGAUUGAUUGAUUGCUUCUGUGGACAGGUGUCUUUUAUACAGGUAACAAGCUGAGAUUAGGAGCACUCCCUUUAAGAGUGUGCUCCUAAUCUCAGCUCGUUACCUGUAUAAAAGACACCUGGGAGCCAGAAAUCUUUCUGAUUAAGAGGGGGUCAAAUACUGAUUUCCCUCAUUAAAAUGUAAAUCAAUUUAUAACAUUUUUGACAUGCGUUUUUCUGGAUUUUUUUGUUAUUCUGUCUCUCACGGUUCAAAUAAACCUACCAUUAAAAUUAUAGACUGAUCAUUUCUUUGUCAGUGGGCAAACGUACAAAAUCAGCAGGGGAACGAACACUUUUUUCCCUCACUGUACAUGUAGGUAUAGUUAAAGUGAAUAUGUAUAGAUAAUAAAGAAGAAGUAGUAGUAGUAGUACAUUCCUGGCUUAAUCUCUAAGCGGGAAUACUUUAAAUUAACAAAUAUACAUUUUAUAAUACUGCUUCUGUAGGCCAACAGGCAGCAAAACGUAUUACUUAUGGACCUGCGCACGCUCCCACUACGCAUGGACAUGCCAACAAUGACCGACACGGAGCUCUGAGGCAGACAAAUUACCAACAUAGGAAACAUUUUAAUAUAUGGAAAUAAACAAACUUCUUUCUCUUCAGUGUUGCGAGCGUUCAUGUGCACCUAAACAUCGCAUCCACUUGGAGGAUAGCAAAAGGAUAAAUUACUGAAACUGAAAUGCGCCAUUAUGCAACUUGACCAAACAUUUCCUCAACACAUGAUUAGAGUUAAAGAACAACAAUUAUAUACAUUUAUCCUAAAUGUAAUUACUGGAUAUAUGGGAAAAACAUGAAUGCGCCAAACCAUUUAUAAGGGGAAUUAAAUAAUCUGCGUUCAUGACGAGAGCGGCUGAGUCCGCUUCGUCACACGAACAGAGCGCACAUUUUGUAGAAUUGAACCUUUGCCAAGUUGUAAAAAAUUGCAUUGUUUAGGAGUGCAAAGGCGAAUUCAAGUUCUUGCUCACACGUACUUCAGAGAGUAGACCUUCCCUAACGGAAAUAUGCAAAUACAUGCUAAAAUCUGCCAAUAGGAUCUCACUAGCUCCUGCUUGGCUCAGCCUUCCUCCUUGCUUGUUCUGCCCAAUGUGUCUCAUCAGUUCUCAUUGUAAAAGGCCCAUCUGGCCCAUCUUGAGGUUAGUUAAAAGUACAUUUGAUAAUACUUUACGUAUGUUAGUAAUCCAAGCUAGAUUCUGGAAGUUGAGUUCCUAAUAGUUUGAAACGCAUGCCAUCUGUUCAUUUUGCAUCUUUCCUUCCUCUCCUUCAGCUGAAGAAACCUGAUCAAGCCAUCGAAGAUUGCACAAGUGCAAUAAAGUUGGACGACACGUAUAUCAAGGCCUAUUUGAGACGAGCCCAGUGGUAAGCUAUGAAAAAGUACUAAUAACAGGAGUCUCAGACUUGGAGCAAUAAUCAGCAAUCACGUCGUUGAGAUCUCCAAUGGUGGGUGUUUCAUUCAAACAGCUUACAUGAGGGCAGUUUUGUUGUUAGCCAAAGCUUGCUAGCUAGAGCUACCCUCUCCUGAUUGGCUGUGGCGUUGUCGCGUUGCUGAAAUUUGCGCAAUAUUGUGACAUUUUCAAUUCUGGUCGCUAGCUCUCUUGUCGCUGACCGUUAAGUCGUUGUGUGUGUCCUCUUGUUUCCCCCUUCCAUUGAAAAUGACUGGUCGCUGGUAGCUACGUUGCUGAAUAUCGCUUCCAAGUUUGAGCCCACUGUAAGCGAUGCACUGAGACUCAUUGCCUCUUGACUCUGAGACAGUGAGACACUUGACUCUGCGUGUGUUUUCUGCAGUUAUAUGGACAUCGAACAGUAUGAAGAAGCUGUACGGGACUAUGAAAAGGUCUAUCAGACAGAGAAGACAAAAGGUAAGUUGGUAUUGCAACCAGACUUUACUUCAUAGUCACCAGUGAAAAAAUAAUGGCAGAGAUUGAACAGUAUUCGUUUUCUUUCCUGUCAACUUUUUCACUCUGUUCUUGAUGGUGAUGGUUGAUACGUUACUGCAUUUGUUCAUUAGGGAGAAUUUUCUCACUUUUGUUCACUCUCUUCUCUCUUUCCCUCUGUAUAGAACACAAGCAUCUCUUGAAGACAGCUCAGUUGGAACUGAAGAAGAGCAAACGGAAAGAUUACUACAAGGUGCUGGGGGUGGGAAAGAAUGCCACAGAAGAUGAGAUUAAGAAGGCCUAUCGGAAACGGGCCCUCAUGCACCACCCAGGUACACAGACACACACACACACACACACACACACACACACACACAGGCAACACCAUUGAGGAGUAAGACUUCCGACCUGGGUUCAAAUAAUAUUUAUAUUAUUUCCAUUGCUCCAGGCAGGCUCAAUCAAAGUCCACAUUUGUAAAAGAAAACCAACACUAUAGAAUAGAUACUUUAUUGUCCAUUGGUUAGAAUGGAUAUGUGUCUUCUGCCUUUCCCAACAACCCCAGAUAUAGACUUGCACAUUGAGAGGCGCAGGGUCAGCCGCAGUGCAGCACCCCUGGAUGGAGAGCAAUUGUGCCUUGCUCAAGGGCACAACGGCAGGAGAUGGUAUAUGGGAUCAGAGAGAAGCCUUUCCCAUUUCCAUUUUUGUGUCGUUGAGAAAUACCAGCUGCAACGCAACGGUCAAGUAAAGACUUCUAAUUUUCUAACAGAUGUUUUCUGUUUGCCGGUCAGAUCGUCACAGUGCGGCCACGCCAGAGGUACAGAAGGAGGAGGAGAAGAAGUUUAAAGAGGUGGGCGAGGCCUUCACCGUGCUCUCUGACCCCAAGAAGAAGACUCGCUACGACUGCGGCCACGACCUGGAGGACGACAGCAAUAAUAUGGGAGGUCAGUAACCACCGAUCUAGGAUCAGAUUGCAUUAUCCUAACCUUAAACACUACCCCAACACCACCCAUAACCACUGAUUUAGGAUAAUAUUACCUUACCCAAAAUCCUAGUCCUAACCAUUUCACUACCCCUAACGACAGGUCUAGGAUCAGAUAUCAUCCCCCUUAACCUCGUCCACUAACCGGCUCUUUCUCUUUCGACCCGUCUGGUUUCACAGCAUUUCAGAAAGGGACUUGAAUGGAGCCUAUGGCAGGAGUGGGAAAACCUGCCGCUGGAUUUUUAUUGGCUGAUCUCUGUCCAUCAACAUCUAGCAUAACCCUUAGAACCUCCCCUCUACAUUGUUGGUUUCAAAGCGCGAGCAGGGCAAUUGAUUUAGGCUAAAUAAGGAAGUGAGUUCGGAAAGUAUGCACCUUAGAACUAGUUUUCACAUAUAAACGUUAUAUGCCCAAACUCAGAAUCAAUUGGGCUUCCUAAAUAUAAUAUUGUUGCUGUGAUACAAAAUGUAUUUUUAUUGGUGAUUUUCUGCAUUUAAAAAAAUCCUAUCUAAUACAGCUGUAGCAGGCUCUCUUUCUCUCCCGCGUUGAUCUUAACCCACGCCCCUUUCAAGUCCCACUUUGUUGUACAGUGUUUCUGGCUCUAUAUGCGGUAGCAAUUGAGCCUGGGGACGAGGUUACAUCCCCCUCAAACCUCACAUUAAACACUACCCGAACACUUCCCCUAACCACUUCUAGGAUCAGAUUACCUUACCCUUGGUCCUAACCAUAACCACUAAGGGGAAUAAUGCAAUACUGGCCAUAGAUCAGCGUCGGCAUCCUCACUCUGAGUCAAUCUAAAUGUAAUUAUGAUCGAACUGUGCGAGAAAUGGAAUAGCCAUUUUUAAACGUCUAUUCCCAGUGCAGUCUUUGAAACACCAAUAAAGGUUUAUUUUGAUGUGUUGAUGUAACUGAAUUGGGUGUGGAAUUAAUAUCGCACGUUGACGCUAUUUGACUCAUUGCUGUUGUUUCUCUGCAGAUUUCAAUGCCAACAACAUCUUCAAGACCUUCUUCGGAGGCCCAGCAGGAGGAUUCAGUUUUGAAUCCAAUCAAAGUAUGUAGUGACACUGCUGUGACAAUGACACUCUUUUACCUUUUUAUUUGUGCACAUAGUGCUUUCGGAAAGUAUUCAGACCCCUUGACCUUUUCCACAUUUUGUUACAUUACAGCCUUAUUCUAAAAUGGAUUAAAUUGUAUUUUUUCCUCAUCAAUCUACACACAAUACCCUAUAGUGACGAAGCAAAAACAGGUUUUUUGACAAAUGUAUAAAACAUGUUUUUAUAUUACAUUUACAUAAGUAUUCAGACCCUUUACUCAGUACUUUGAUGAAGCACCUUUAGCAGCGAUUGCAGCGAUUACAGCCUUGAGUCUUCUUGGGUAUGACGCUACGAGCUUGGCACACUUGUAUAUGGGGAGUUUCUCCCAUUCUUCUCUGCAGAUCCUCUCAAGCUCUGUCAGGUUGGAUGGGGAGCGUUGCUGAACAGUUAUUUUCAGGUCUCUCCAGAGAUGUUAGAUCGGGUUCAAGUCCGGUCUCUGGCUGGGCCACUCAAGGACAUAACAGAGACUUGUCCCGAAACCACUCCUGCGUUGUCUUGGCUGUGUGCUUAGGGUCGUUGUCCUGUUGGAAGGUGAACCUUCGCCCCAGUCUGAGGUCCUAAGCGCUCUGCUGCAGGUUUUCAUCAAGGAUCUGUCUGAACUUUGCUCCGUUCAUCUUUCCCUCGAUCCUGACUAGUCUCCCAGUCCCUGCCACUGAAAAACAUCCCCACAGCAUGAUGCUGCCACCACCAUGCUUCACCGUAGGGAUGGUGCCAAGUUUCCUCCAGACAUGAUGCUUGGCAAUCAGGCCAAAGAGUUCAAUCUUGGUUUCAUCAGACCAGAGAAUCUUGUUUCUCAUGGUCUGAGAGUCCUUUAGGUGCCUUUUUGGCAAACUUCAAGUGGGCUGUCAUGUGCCUUUUACUGAGGAGUGGCUUCUGUCUGGCCACUACCAUAAAGGCCUGAUUGGUGGAGUGCUGCAGAGAUGGUUGUCCUUCUGGAAGGUUCUCCCAUCUCCACAUAGGAACUCUGGAGCUCUGUCAGUGACCAUCGGGUUCUUGCUCAGUUUGGCCAGGCGGCCAGCUCUAGGAAGAGUCUUGGUGGUUCCAAACUUCUUCCAUUUAAGAAUGAUGAAGGCCACUAUGUUCUUGGGGACCUUCAAUGCUGCAGACAUUUUUUGGUACCCUUCCCCAGAUCUCUGCCUCAACACAAUCCUGUCUCGGAGGUCUACGGACAAUUCCUUCGACCUCAUGGCUUGGUUUUUGCUCUGACGUGUUAUGUAGUCCCGUGUAGCUCAGUUGGUAGAGCAUGGCGCUUGCAACGCCAGGGUUGUGGGUUCGAUUCCCACGGGGGACCAGUAUGAAAAAAUGUAUGCAUUCACUAACUGUAAGUGGCUCUGGAUAAGAGCGUCUGCUAAAUGACUUAAAUGUAAAUGUCAACUGUGGGACUUUAUAUAGACAGGUGUAUGCCUUUGCAAAUCAUGUCCAAUUAAUUGAAUUUACCACAAUUGGACUCCAAUCAAGUUGUAGAAACAUCUCAAGGAUGAUCAUUGGAAACAGGAUGCACCUGAGCUCAAUUUCGAGUCUCAUAGCAAAGGAUCUGAAUACUUAUGUAAAUAAGGUAUAUCAGUUGUAAAAAAUAAAAAAAUGUUUUCGCUUUGUCAUUAUGGGGUAUUGUGUGUAGAUUGAGGAGGGGGAAUUUUUAAAAAACUCAAUUUUAGAAUAAGGCUGUAACGUAACAAAAUGUGGAAAAAGUCAAGGGAUCUGAAGAUUUUGCAAAUGCACUUACAGUUUGUCAUGGAUUUCAACACAGCAAAGUAACAUUUUUUUUUUUUUUUACCCUCUAGACCAAGCACCUGGAAAUUUAUUUUUCCAGUUUGGCUAGAAAUGAAGAAUGCCAUUGCGAAUGCUGCAGCCCUGUGGUGGAUAAUGUUAAGUCGGGUGCACCCCCACCACCUGAUUUUUAUAAUCCCAAUGUUUUUUGCAAAAUGUUGCUUUCAUAUGCUAAAAAGACACUCCAUGUUAUCUGAGCAAGAGAGAUGGUGCUCACCAUGCUUGGCAUCUUCCUAA